AUGCGGCUUAGUUUACUCUUCAGGUAAGAAACUUUGAUGACUGCUACAGCGACAACCUGUUGCUUCUCGUGGACUUGAGUGUACACAACCUCACAUGUGGAUGUCUGCAUCCUUCUCUGUCAGCGGCUACGCUUGUUGAGGUUUUUUCCAUAAAGUUGGCACUUCUGGCGGCGAAGUUUUUUGGCUUUUACGCACGAAGUCUUGUCGUUGCGCACUGGGCGCUGUUUAAGGAUAUAUGAUCGGAAUUUAACCGAAGGCAUCUGGGUUUAAAAAGAGGUCCCUCUUUCUCCUCAGGGCGGAUUUUUGAGAGUUUCCCCCCCUCUUCUCUGCAUAUCUCCCUCUUCUCCUCUCCUCUCCUUCCCUCUAUCUCCGCUGCUCUGAGUUUAUCCUACAAUGUGCCACUGUAGCGGCCAGGGAGAAACGUGGACCCGGGUAGGGGGUCGUUACUUCGGCCUGAGCAGCUCUGUUGUGUGGGACUGUGCGGGACCUUUGUCUGUGUUUUUCGGGGUAGUUAUGUAGACUGGUGUGGGGAAGCUUCCAGAGACCACGGCGGUGCACCACAGUGGGAAGAAGGCAGCAAUUAUACUGACUACAUGUGGCCUGCGGACUGCUGGUUGUGGUGAUGGUUGGGUUCUCGUGGUGAGCGGUGAAAUGUCCAUCUUAGCGAAACGUUUAGUAUCAUGUUGAGGCUAUUUUUCUUGGCAGAUGCGGGGAUGAUAUUCCACUUGUUCUCGAUGCACUUGUCGCGGUGGUUUAUGGAGAUUUUUUGAUAAACCCAACAAGAAAACAGCAGAGGAAAUUUCAGUUUCACCUUAAAACAUCCAAAAUCUGUUAUCUAAAAAGGAAGAAAAAUACUUUAAAGCCUCGAUAUGAGAUUAAAAACUUUUUUAACUGGACAGCUUUUGCACUGCACACUCUGUGGUUGUGUUUUAUGCUUCCUUAAGUGGUUUCAUGUCAAAUUUAAAGACUCAAACCCCAAAUUAAAGGCGACAGUCAACACCAUCCUACACCAAAAACCACAUCAAUCCAGAAAUAAAAAGUCCCUCACUGCACAAGAUGACUUUGCUUGUUUUGCUUGAUUAUGCCUGUGUUGGCUGUUCUCUGUGUUAAAACCACAUCCUUAGGGUGUGUUAAGUCCCAGAGAGAGAGAGAGGGAGGCCAUGCAUACUUGCUGUUUAAACCCAUUAGUUUGUCAAGGCCUCCCAGGCUUCCCCAGAUUGAUUGAGUUUGCCUGUGAACCCUGAGGGGAGAAAGACACUUUUGUUCAAGCCCCCAGAGUCCCACCAGCACCUGUAAUGGGAGAGAAAGUGGCAUAAGUGGUCACGAAUGUACACUUAGGUCACUGGAACAUUUGAGAGGGAGUCCACUCAACACAUUUGACAUCAAUUUUAAACAGUUUAGGAGGGAGGCAUUCAAAAAUAAAGACGAUAUAUAAGAAUAAUGAAAGUCUGUGUGGGUUAAGACUGCAUAUAGAAACUUCAGCUUUAGGUCAUGGAACCUUUUUGUGUUUUUAUGAAAGGCUUCAUUCAGUCUGCUGAUGUUUAAAAUCCUGUAUAUCUGCCACUUCUUUCAGCCUCUGGUCUUCUUUCCUUCAGGCUCUAUGUGCUGUGGGGCUUUGUGGCGGUCACGACCUCUGUGACCAAGGCUGCCAAGAAGAAGGUGAGUCAUCCGCUCUUUAAAAACAGAGAGAUUCACAGACAACAGCAUCACUAUAGAGGAAGUGAAAAGUGAACAUUUUUCAAGGCUGUCUUAAAACAAUCCUGAAAGGGCUGUGUUAAAAUUUAAGAGUUGUGUGACAGUAUAAAUGUCAACGCUGUCUAAGAAAACACAGAGAGAGAAUUUUUCACUAAAAACAUAGCAAAGCUGUAAAACAGCUUCUUAGAUUUACCUUUUCAGUCUGCCAGAUCCUCGUAUCAGUUUCUGCUGAACUUUGGGAAGCAUUUUGUCAUAGAUUUCAACAUCCCUUUGUGAGGUGCUGUUAACAAAAACAGCCCUGUGUUCAGGUUUGUGUCUGUGCAUUUUUCUGUUAAUUUGAUAAACUCUAAAAACAUUUGCCGUGUGUCGAGCAGCUGAAAUACAUGUUUUUAUAACAGCCAUGUUAUCUCUUGAACGCUUGAAAGUUUUCAGAUUUCCAGAUGUUUUGAUUCACUAUCAUCACCCUCAAAGCUUGUGUCAUCAGAUGCCAUUUUCAUUUAAAAAAACGUAAACGUUAGGAGUCAAAGACUUAUCUAAUGGGUGGUGGAGACCAAACAGAGCUCAAAGGAGAGUUAAUUGUGGGAUUACUCUUAUCAGUUGACUAGAAUGUCUCUUCAAAUCAAUGGUAAUGUUUCCAGUAAACAUUGGCAGUCAGAUUAUAGACUGAAAUGCUCCACUGCUCACCCCUCCAGUUUUUGCCUUGCGACCCUUUGCAGCCAUUCAAAUAUAUAAACACUUACAGUAAGUUACAAGUUUGUUUGUCCUUAAUCAGAUCACUAGAAGGCAACAAAACCAAAAUAAUUUUACAUUCAAGUGAUUUUGUUUAAAUAUACUUUCAAAUAUAAUUUUCAAUUUCUGUCAAAGCUGCUCUGCGAACUAUUUCACUGUGUACUUUUAACUGCAAGAUGUGUAGAUGGUUAGUUACAACACAUAUAUGAGGUGAUUUUAUGUCAUUGACGCUGCUACAGCAGACUCUUACAGGCCCCUAGAGGUGAAAAAGGUUUAUAAAAAAACGAGUUUCUUAGUCAGAGAAAGUGCAGAAGUUUGCUUUCAUUUUUAAAUAUAAUGACUGUGGACGGAUGGUCUCCACUCUGUUAAUUUUACCUUAAUGGUUAAAACAUUGAACACGAGAGUAUUAAAUCUGUUUGAUACAUAGAUGUUAGUGGUUAUAGUAGAUGUGACAGAGAGGACAAUUAAAUGAUAUUUACCAUUUUUAUAUGCACACAUACUGAGUGUCUUGACUAAAACACUGCUCCAGCUUGGCCUCCCCAGUCAAAAAAUCAAAGACACACCCCUAACCCAGUUGUACAAUCUUUGAACCUUGAGGCUAUUGUCUGACGAUGAUGAUGGUCCAACUUUUCAGGUCAGGUCUUCUGGUGUAGCCAUGUGGUUGACAAUAAAGGUCUUCCAGCCAAGACUUUCUUUCUGUGCUGGGCUGUUGCUUGUAGUCAGAUAUUCAACUUUAGAAGUGAGGAUGUGGCUGGUGUUGAGAAUUGAUGUCCAAGAGUGGAAUUUUAGCUGCACUUGAUUACAGAUAUCCGUUUAAAGACACUGAUUAAAGCUGAACCGUUCCAUGAGUUCCAGGAUUUGCUCUCUGUGUGCCAAACCCUGUGGAAACGUUGUCUGGCUGAACUACUUCAAACAGAAACCAGAACACUUCAGAUCCCAAAAUCCCACCUCAAGCAGUCACAGAUCUCUGCGUGCUACAUGAAGAAUAUCCUGCACUUGAGUCUUCAUUGGAUCUUCUCUCUGGCCAUUGUGUGUGACUGUUUUUGGUCAUGGUUUGCUGUUAAUGUGCUUACUGUACGUCCAGUAUCAUUGUGUAAACACUUCCUAUUCCCUGAAUUUUCUAAAUCAGGUCUCUGAUAAAGAAUCUGUUAUCAAUGUAAAAAAAACAAAAACCCUCUAGAUUUAGUUUCCUUAUACUUUCAGUUUUAAGUCCCAGUACAGAGGGAAGGCAUGGCAAUUAUAAACACAGCAAAAGUCCAUUUAUGUACAGGCAUGUUAGUAUUGUUUUAAGACAGAAUUCAAAAAAUGUGAACCUGACCUUCAAAGGGCCCCACAGCUGGAGAGGGCCCGCUCUCAUACCAGAGGCAUCAUUUGUUCAAAAGGAUGUGAUAACAGUCGAGGCAGAAUUCACAGCUUCAGUCCAGUCUGGUUUAGGUCUGGGGGUACAGUGUGUCGGAUUUUAACCAGUAGCACCACAGGUCAGCAGUGGCUGCUGCAGGGUCACUGCACCCUGCUCAUUAAUGGUCCCAGUUAUGUGGCAGCUGUGGGUUUGAUGUCACCCAUUACGACAGACCACACCUCACACACACAUGCAUGCACAGGCAGCCAGGGUCAUUUGGGCUUGACUCAACACCUCCCUUCCUCUUUAUAUUUCCCUCACUCCUUUUUAUUUCCUUCUCUCACACAAACCUCUUAGAGAAAUGGACUCUUAAUCUUGAUUUGCACGCAGGGAUACAGCUUACACCUGUCCUGUGCCUCCACACAUCCACACACAGUUUGUACAGCAUGUUUACCUGCAUAUUUCUACCAUGUACACACACAUUAACACACUCAGGGAGAAAGCGAGGGGGGGAGCAAUAGAGCUCAGAUUUAUGUUUUGGUCCUCUCUGAAUGGAAACUUUUGUUCAGCUCUCAAGUUUACGGACGUGCCAACCAGGCCGACGCUUCACUUAUGACAUGAGAGAAGAAACAUUUAUCUACAGCCGCAGAGGAAGACAUCAAAGCCAGACCUGGCACUGAUGUUCGAGCUCUCCAACAUACAAACACACAGGCACAGCCAGAUCAGCCACGAUCUGGUCGUCUCUGCAGCGCUUUCAUACAACACCAACUCCAGUGGUUUUAUCCAUCUGCUCAUAAGCUGCUGGCAGGUGACCGAGUCCCCUCUAAACCCCUGUGAACUAUGAGGAGUUCAGGAUUUUUAUUUUGGCCUCAGAGGAAGGAAACUCACGAGACUGCAGCUCAUCAGUGGACUGUGAAGAAAAAAGUCCACACAGAGGUUUUUGAUUUUGCAAAGGCAAAGAUUUUGCUAAGUACUUCUGUAAAAUAUUGCCAAGGCUGGCAGUUUUCACCUCUUCUGCAGCAGAGUCAUAAACACUUGUGACGUACUCCGACAUUAGAUCUAGAAGUGCCUUCUGAACAAGCUUGACUUUAUUUAUCCUAUUUUAUGUUACGGAUAAUGUUUAGUGAGCAAGUGGAAAUGCAAAUGAAAAUCCAGAGCAAGACCUGAAACAAAGCAAAAGCAAUUAUCGUUACCUCCUGACACACACGACCAGUCUGAGACGGGAAACGGCAUUGACAGGCAGAGGUGUUUUUUUGCUGUUGAGGAAGAACCGCUGUUGUUUUGGGGUUCUGUCCAAUCAGAAUCAAGUAAACACAGCCAGGCGUGAGCAACCAAUGAUUAUUGAGGAUGCUUCAAAAUGAGCAGAGGACCAACUUUGGGGUUAACUUUUCUCGGAGGUGGAUUCAGGAGUUCCUAAGUAUGCGAACGUGAAGCUCAAAAAAAUCAAAACGUCCCGAAAGGGUUCAUUUCAGUUUAAUUUAAAAAGUGAAACCUCCUAUUGUUACAGAUUCAUCACACACAGAGUGAGAUAUUUUAAGACUUUUUAUGUUUGAAGCUUGAUGGUUACUGCUAACAGCUGACAAAAAUUUAAAAAAUCCAUUAUAUCAGUAUGUUAGAAUAAAAUACCGAUCCGAUUGUACAGAAAUGUAGAUCUUCUGGAAAAUUAUGUUCAUUUAUGAACUCAGGUUUUGGUCGGAGCUCCUGCGUGAAUUCCUGCAUCAGUGCAUCGAGACAUCUAGGUAAUCAGUCUGUACCUCUGCUUGUAAACCCAGGUUGCUUCAAUAGCGGUCUUCAGCCCCUCAUUGUUGGCUUUGUUGUCUCUCGUCUUUCUCUUGAUGAUAACUCCAGAGAUUCUUUGUGGGGUUCAGGUCAGGCGAGUUGGCUGGCCAAUCAAGCACAAUAAUACUGUGGUCAGCAAAUCAGUUUCUGGACAUUUUGGCGUUGUGGGCAAGUGUCCCGUCCUGCUGGAAAAGGAAAUCUGUGCCUCUACAGAGCUUCUCAGCAGCAUGAAGUGCUCUUGAAUCUCCUGGUAGACUUUAUGUUGUGUCGACUCUGGGCUUGAUGAAACACAGUAGGCCAACACCAGCAGAUGACAUGGCACCGCAAAUCAUUACAGACUGUAAAAACUGGACACUGGACUUCAAGCAGCUUGGAUUCGAGGCCUCAACAGUCCUUAUCCAGACUCUGGGACCUUGACUUUAAAAUGAUGCAGAACUGACUUUCAUCUGAAAACAGGAUGUUUGACUCUCAGCAAUAGUCCGGUUCUUUUUCUUAGCCUUAGUGAAACACUCAUGACAUCGCCUCUUGUUCAGGAGCAUCUUGACAGUAGAAACACAACACUUGUAGUCCAUUUCUUUGACACGUCGGUGUUUAGUGGCUGUUGAUGCGCCAACUCUAGACUCAGUCCACACCUUGUGAAGCUCCUGUAAGUUCUUGGAUCUGCUUUGUUUGACAAUCCUCUAAAGGCUUGACGACUGUCAGCAGUCUUACUCACGAUUGUUGUUGCCUGUACUGAACCAGAGUGAGAGAAUAAAGGCUCAGUAAACCUUUUCAGGUGUUGAGGUUUAAAAAGCAGAUCAGGACUAAAAUCACUGACAAGAAACUGGACUUUUCCACCAUAUUCCAACGUUUUAAGAUAGUAGAUUUUUGAUUUCUGUGGGUUGAAAUCGAGAGCAUAUGGAAGUUUCACUUUCUGAAUCAAACUAUGGAGGAAAAAAAUAACUUUUAAUUUUUUAUUAACACAUUAUCUCUUUAUAGUUUGAUCCAUUCUUCACUUCAUUGGGUUGCUAAGCUAGAAAAAAAAUAAGUUGUGCAGGUCCACGUAGUGACUUCUCACAGAUGUCUUGUACUGCUGAGUGCUGAAAGGUGGUGAUGAUAGAGCGCUUACCUCAGGAACAGAUGACCUUUUGUUAAAUUACUCUAUUUUGUUGUCAGGGGACUGACAGCGAGUGAUGAUGGGGAAAUGUGGCAUGAACAGAUUUGGGGUAAUUACCACAAAAAUAGCCUCUAAUAGCAUGCAUGGUUAUCAAAGCUGACAGGAUUUGUCGAUGAGCUGAUAAAAAAACACUGGUCAGAGUUUCUCCCAUGUAUGUAUGCUCUGGUUUCUCAAACUUUAUACAUGUGCAAACAGAACAGUGAAGGUUUUACGGUGUCAGACCUCAGUAGAGUCUCUUGAUGUGCUUCUUCUUAUUUCUUUAUUUGUGUGUUUUUGUUUACGAUCCAGGUGGCAGGCCGGAGGUCCAGACAGGCAUAUGAGCCGGAGCCUGUUGAGGGGGUGUGGUCUGUCUGGGGGGAGUGGUCAGAGUGCAGUCAGACUUGUGGUGUUGGCGUCUCACAGAGGAGUAGGAAGUGUUUACCUCCUCCGCCUCCCCAAGCUCCUCCCAUCUCCCACUCACCACCAAACUGGGCGGGUUAUUUACCCGGAGGUGGAGGUGUUGGAGGUGUUGGAGGUGUCUCACCUUCUCGCCCCUUCUACCCUCAGCGCUACCCAGGGCAGCACGUGCCCUAUCACCCCCCACAGAUCCCCACAAAUCGCAACCCAGGACUGCCGCUGUAUCGGGACACUGACGGCGGUGGAGGAGGAGGAAGAGGAGGAGUUCCUGUGCCGGGACAGGCCAAUCCAGCACUUCCUUUUUACCAGCCAGAGUUUUCCCCCACAAACCAAGACUUCCCGUCAGUCUAUCGACCCCCAUACCACCCUCCGUCACACAGCUACAACCAGCCGGCUCGCAUCAUCAGGAGGCCGACCAAUCCAGGAGCAGCCAGGGCAGGGAGUAGGAGAUCCAUCUCCCCCAAUCGGGAGGUGCCUGCAAGGAGGUGAGUGUGACUUGGGAAUAAGGACACAAACCAACUCCCAGAGCUUUGUUUAUCACAAAUAUGUCAGUAUAUUUUAAAAUCCAACAAUAGUGGUUACCUUGUUGAAAAUGCUGACUCCACCUAAGGUUGGAUUGAAAACACAAAAGGCAAAGAGGCGGCGUUGAGGCAGAUCUUUAGUCUGUCAAGCUAGCUGCACCCCUGAUUUUGCAAAACUUAUAACCUUGCAAAAGUCAUUAGCAGGUGCUAACAUACCACCACUUAAGGUUGGGUGUAGGUGGAGAUGUGGAGCAUCAGUUUCAGAGGUGUUGUGUGUCUUUGCAUGUCUGAGGAUGUGUGGAUGUGGCGCUUCCUUAGUUUGUUGACCAACCGUUCCCAUCACAUUCAUGCAACAAGGCAAUGCAACACUGAGACGACAACUUUACAACUUUUUAGGUGUGUGCAAGUACAAAGGUGUGAUGAUGUCAUGAUUAGAGUGCAUAAGAAGAUAGUUUACACUUUACCUCCCAUGUCGUUUGCAAAAGAGAAAGAAGAGUUUAAGACUGAAAUGUUUUUUAAAUCAGGCAGUAAACAUUUUAUUUUUCUUUCAAAGGUGGGCUUUUGUGACCCCGUCUAUAUGGCCUCUGAGGCUCUUGGAGACUGCCCCAAGUGAAAACUCAAGGAACUGCAGUUUUUAACACUUCCCCCACUUCAUUUCUCAACCUUUGUGUUUUUUUCCCUUAGAUACAGAAACAUUGACUCAGACAACUUCCAGUGAAUUCAAACUCUACUUAUGCUUUGCUCAGCAUCCCCAAUCUCUCUCUCUCUUUUUUUUUUCCCAAGAAAUGACUUGAGGCCACAGGAAGUGAGUUUUACAUCACUCUCAGUAGCAACAGCGGCUUGUUCAGAAUAAACAGAAAAAUGCAAUUAUAAGCAAAAGAGGUAUAAGAUCACCACAGGGACACACACAAAGCAGAGAUUUGUACCUUAAUUACCAUCAGAGAGGUCACAAAAAAAGACAAAGUGCUGACUCUGCAGCUUUGAAUUCAUUUGGGUGAUGUUGUUGGAGAAAGUGCUGACUUUGUUGAGGCCUCGGAGAGUUCUAAUGGUUUGAGUAUUUGGAGUUAUGCCCAUCUGUGCCUCUGGUAUCUGCCGAGCCAUUACAUCAUUACUUCUGGUUUUUGUCACACAAACAGGCACCGCAUUGCUCGGCCCGCUCGCCACAGCCUGCUGGCUCCACGUCGGUCAUAAUUAAGUUGAACCGCUAACAUAAGCUGUGUCUGAAAACCGUCCUGUAUUUCUUCUUUAUCUGUGUCACUGCUUCUGUGAAUACUUGUCUCUUAAUGCCCCUUGUGUCUUCAUGUAGGUCCUCCAGCAUCCGCCCUGGUCAGUUUGGGUACGGCAGAGUCCCGUUCUCCUUACCUCUUCAUCGUCCCAACCGCCAGGCACGCCACACUGCUAAUGGUACUGAAGAUGCAACACAAGGACCCAGGCUCGAUGAAGACACCACAGAGAACGUCAGGAGAGAGGAGGAGGAGGAGACGAGGAGUAAUAGAGAAGACAGGGAUAAAAGGAGGAGUGAGGAGGAGGAGGAGGAGAUCACUGAGGGCCCUGCUGCUGAGGAAUCUCCUACAAUGACCACGACCACAACUGGCAACCCACACCGCCACGUUGCCAGACCCUCCCAGUCCAACUCACAGCACAGCAGAGUGAGGGAGAGAGCCCCAUCCUCUCACUCCUUCUCCCGUUCUUCAUCGCCUUCUCUCACAUCCAGCCGCCAACGCUUUGAUUGGCACUCUGUUACCGCUCCGCCUCCCCCCAUCUCUCCCCUCUCCCGCCCCGCUGCUGCUGCUUCACCUUAUUCCACUUCUCUCCACCGCUCUGCUACACCCGCUCAUAGAGACAGAGAGCUGCACCCAGGCUUCAGCCCUCAGGUCCCACAAGCUGGAAACGUCUACCCACUACAGCAUCCACACAUCCCACACCUGGGGGUCGAACCAGGCAGGGAUGGAGUGAGAGGAGCUCCACAGGUGUACAGAUGCUCUGGGCCAGAGAAGGAGUACCGCAGGUGCUUCUCACAGGUAGGAAAACUCCUGAAACUACUGUCAAAUAUCAUCUGAUACACUGAUGGAGCACAGUUUUAAUAAUCAGCUCACCUAUUCUCUAUUAAAGGGAUAUUCCGGCGUAAAUUAAGUUAGGGUCAAACACACCGUAACACCAAGAUAGACAGCCCCUCGAGAGAUGAAUGUUGCCGACCGCUUGCUUCUCUAGUUAUACCAACUUUAGUAAUGACUGCACGAUAGCAAUACACAGUGGUCUGAGGAGCCAUUAACAAACCUCAACCAAAACGCCACUCUAUAGCCACAGAUAAUGCUCAGAACAGCACCUAACUUCAUCAACAGUACAUAUAAGGUCCCAGCCACAGCACUAGCCACCAAACAUCUUUUUAACUUUGCCUAAUUUCUUUCGCAAAGGGACUAAACAUAACUCACCCACUCUCUUCCAGCAUCCGCUUGUUUGUAGCGAGACCUCGGGCGAGUCCAUUACGGACUACAGCGGGGCGAUGCAGCUCAAGGAAGAACAUUUAUGAUCAUUUCUUCAUGGAAAUGCAAUCAGACCGAGACGUUAAGUCAGAAGAACUACAGCGUCUGCAGUGCAAAAUGAUUAAUAUGGUGAUCAGUACUUUAAGGAAAUGAAAAAGUAAUGAUCAUAAAUGUUCUUCCUUGAGCUGCGUCACCCCGCUGUAGUUGGUAAUGGACAGAUCCAAGGUCUCACUAAGUGCUGUUCUGAGCAUUAUUUGUGGCGUUUUGUUUGAGGUUUGUGUGUGGCUCCCAAGACCGCUGUGCAUUGCUAUGCUAUCCUGCGGUCGUUACUAAAGUUGGUAUAACUAGAGAAUCAUGCAGCAACAUUCAUUUCUCGAGGGGGUGUCUAACUCGGUGUUACGGUCUGUUGACCCCAAAUCAAUUUUACGCCGGAAUAUCCCUUUAAACCUGGAGAAUGGAGAAGUGAGGUGGCAAUAAACAGAGAGGUUAAAUGUCAUCAGGGUGUACUCGAUAGGUAGAUCAUUCCCUGACUCCAACAAUGGCUGCUUGUCUAUGAGCGCUCAGUUAGAAACUGACUGCAAGUGCCUCCAAAGUGCCCGUCCUGGUCCACAAACAGAGUCCUCAUCUACCCUGUGAAGCCAUACUUCUACAUUUGCGUUCUGAUUGCACACAUGUGAAAGAGUAUGAAUGUGUAUUGUUGUACCUGUGUGUGUGUAUCGGUGUAUCAUCUGGCUUGCAGCCUGCAGUGACAAUUGGGGUUGUAACCUGCUUUACGCCUCUCAGUGCGGAUCAGUGUGAGCAUGAUCUGUAGCAGAGUUUGUGCUGCCAACAGGAACAGACAGGCCGAUCCAAUCAGAUGUGAGCCUGAACACUCAGGUGAGACAGUGAAGUUGCCCUCGCAGUCACUCAGAUUUCACCCAGACAAGAAUUUCAUGCUUGAUUUGACUCAAUGAAACGCUGGAAUUAGGCUGAAUCAUGUGUAUAAAGAGCUCAGACUGCAAAAUGAGUUUUCAGGGUUUCAGAUUAUAUAAGCAUUGUUGUCAACGUAAUGAAUUGUUUACAUUUAGUCUCUUUAUUGUAAAGCUUUACAUUUAGAGACAUAAAAACAACCAUUUUGAGCUGUCGCCAUAAUUCACAUAAUUCAUCUCUCAGCUGUUUGAGUGUACAGUUUCACUCUUGGCCCAGCUGCACAUUUUCCAUAUUUGCUCUGAGGAAGAGCCAGUUUUUGGGAGAAAUCUUGAAUGUAAACAUUUCCCCUCCCAACCAGUUUUCCCCCCAACUCCUCCUCUCCCCUCCCUCUCUGCUCCAGCAAGCCCCGCCCACAAAAAGACGCUCCUGCUCGCUCGUAUCGUUUCAAUUAAAUUCAGAUAUAAUGCAGAUAAAGAUUUUAGAUAAUUACAAAUGGGGCCCAGUCAACGUGAAAGUAAACAGCAUUGGUGCUACUGUAGACGCCAACAGACUACCAGCAAACACAAUGUUUGCAGGACUUCUACAACUAGGAUAAAGUGACAUAAACCAGGACCUGAGGUCAACAGUUCACCUCUGUACAACACGCCGCAGGUCCCGCUCGUGAACAUAAUUCAAGGAAGUGGAGCGUACCAAUCAGGUUGGAGGAGGCGGAGAAUGGCUUUGUUUACAGUCAGAAAGAGCGGGCCGCUCAAAAAUCUUUAAAUGUUGACUACACAGACAAAAAAAACACAGCGAUAUCGCGAUAUUCCUAAAUGUCAUCAAUAACUAAUAGCUAUUGACUGAUAUUAAAAGUUUUUUUAUUUAUACACCAUAAUAAAAAGAUGCUCCUUUAACUGAAUCCUGCCUACCCCACCUUUAAGAAUCUAUGAAUAAACUGUAUUCUCCGGCAUGAUAUCUAACAUCUUCAACUACAGCAUCUUCAAAUGUGAACAUUGAGUCAUUUGGUAAAAUAUUGUGUCUCUGGAAUAUCAUAAAGAAAAACAAAAAAACAGAGGGUGAAUCACAGUCCACUUCUUGUAAAUAAGACAUCACAUGUGACAGAUGAAUGGGCUGACGAAUGAAAAAAUAAACACAAGAAAACUGAUCCAUCGUCCCCCUUUUAGAUCUGAUCUUUGGGACCAGAAUACUCAGAGCGACAUGUGAGCAGGUUAUUAAUGCCAGCAGGCCACUUCAAGCUUUUUUUUAAGUGAGAGAGCAGGAGGAGAUGAUAAGGUUGAAGUGACACACUUUGACACACUUGUGCAUUUUUUUUACUCUCUUGAGUUAUUUCCACAACUUGCUCUUCGGCUGAGUGGAAGUAGACACUUCAAAUCCAGAGUUGGGUUGGCACUCGGAGGCUCUUGACUUCUCUCUGUUAAGAUAAUUUGGCUGCCGCUCUCGCCCUCUUUCACCCCCUCUUCGCCCUUUCUUUCUGUGCCUGUGUGUGAUCGUCCCCAUGUUGAAACAGAUUUAGCAGCUGGCAGAGAACUUGCUUUGUGUGUAUGUGCAUGCAUGUGUGUGUUAGUAGUGCUAAUAGCAGUCCUGUGAUGGCUGAACCUGAUUCAUUGGAUUACAUAUUUACCCGACAUUAGUCUCUCCUGCAGCCUUGUUUGCUCCUGCAGAAGACUGUCGACACACAUUUGCUUAAAAGUAGGUUCCGAUGAAUGCAAGACUUUGCCCAGGCUUGAAUACGAUGUAUGUGUAAGUGUGUGAGAGUGUGUGUAUAUGUGCGUGUGUGUGAUUGAGGGAGUGAGCCAGACUGAGUGUGACACAUCCUGUUAUCUGUGAGGUGUGUUUGUCAUAACACACUUCGCCCGAGGCCCACCAUAAGUGUGACUGGCUGUGUGUUCCUGUGUUUUGGAGUUGCACAGAAGCGAGUGGGGAACCAGGAGCUGGACAGAGGAAAUGAGGAGGGCAAAAAGGGGAAGUGUGUGUGCGUGUGUAAUGUGAUGAUGAUGAUGUGUGUAGGGGUGUAAAGGAAAUGAUGCAGUGAAAUAGUAGUGAAAGAGAGCACUGUUUUUAGCCAAAUCUGCACAGAGUAGUGGGAGGCUGUGCUAAAGGGUGAAGAGAGGGGAGAACAAAUGGGGAUGAAAGUUUGUGGGGAUGAGUGUUGAGAGAGAGAAAUAGAGAAGUGUAAGAGUCAGCAACAACAACAGGGAGUGAUGGAGAGAAAGAGACUUUCAGGAAGUUUGUGUCAGAGGAACAGUAAGAUUCAUGGAAAAGCCUACGUGUGCGUGCCUGUGUGUGCGGAGCAUAACAAGAGCAGAAGUUAUUCUGUCAGAGGGAGAGAGGAGGAAAAACAAAACUGUAGAGACAUCAGAUUCAAGCAGACUUUUCAUAAAAAGACCCAGUCCUCCUCCUUCCCUCUUUAAGAUGACCUUCAAGUGUUUUUAUCCCCUUUAUAUGUCCUCCUGCUGUAAAUGUUGACCAUGAAUCACCAACAGUGAACGCUCAUGCAGAGACAAGUAAGGUUGGAUCAGAAGCACGAGGUUUUAAGAUGCACUAAGGCAGCAGUUCACCACCACAUUUUCAUAGCCUGAGUCUAAUAAAUUAGAUUACCAGCUCUCCUUCACAGGCUGUUUUCCUGCAGUUUGAAGCUUAAGGCAGAGAAAACGUUCAGCAUUACACAAUGUUAAUGCUUCAGUUGUUCAGUUACAGUUGCAAACUUGUCAUGAGCUUUAUCUCAGUGUUGAACAUUAUAAAUACUUGUAUUCUGGUUUCUGAUAACUGCUAAAUCUACAGCUACAGUAUCUUUUGAUAUAGUCAACUAUAUCAAACCUUAGCUAAUCAAUUGACCAAGAUUCUGUCUAUUUACCUCCAAAGGCUCAGCAUCUGUUGCCCUUAGAAAACACAGCCAUUUGCCAUGGUGCACAGCAAGAGUCACGCCCAAGAUUUUCUAAAAUUUAAAGUUGCUGGAUCAGAGACACUUCUUUAGUUUCACCAACAUGUUCGUCUCGCCAAUAUGACACUUGGCUUGGACCGAGCCUGCACGGGUAGCAGGCAGCUAUCAGAAAUCAAGUGCCUCUGUGUAGACAGUAUCCUAUUUUCAGUCGCUUAAUCCUUCAAAUAGUGAAAUUGCAUUUCUCUAAACCAGGAGGAAGGCUUAAAGACCCAUUCUGAUGAAAAUCAAGUUUUUCUUGUUUUUUUAAUAUGUUCGUAUAGUAUUUUUCUGAUGCUGCAGGACAUAUCAGGAGAAAGCUAAAUGCGAAAUUACUUUUCUGAGUAUUUCUUCAUUCAAAUCACUGUGAAUCUCUGGCAGACCCAAACAGCAGGUUCAGAAACAGUGAGAUUUCAUAUGUAAUCAAUCCAAGCUCCGCCCCCGGAGCCUCGCUACGUAGGCCACACUCUGCAUGUAGAGAAGAAAUACAGAGGACGAACGCGGAACAAGCGUGUGCGUUAGUGGAUUGCAAUGUCCCUAAGAAAUCUAAUUAUGAUAUUAACUUUCAUCGUGUUCCUAAAGACAUUAGCGUCCGAGAGCUGAAUAGCUCUUAUGUUACCUGCCAUUUCUACUACACCGGCAAUGUUAGGCUGCAAGCUAACGUGAAGAGGAAGCUAACGUGAAGCAGCGCUGUCUCCGCCCACGACUCGGAGGCGAAUUGCUAAUGAUCUACUUGAGCUCUGCAGAAGAAAAGCCCUUGAAAAUAACACAAGUAAUGCGUUUUUUGGAGGAAAAAAACAAAAAACUUAUCACAAUUUAAAGACCACUGAGAACACAUUAAGUAGUAAAAAUAAAAAAACGAUUGGUGUGGGACUUAAACCCACAGUCUGAAGCGGGUAAAUGGUGUUUACAUGAACAAAGAGAACCCAGUCAAAAGGCAGGAAACUCGAGUCUAUAUAUAUGCCGUCUACGUAAGUCCUAGAUGCACCCUUAUGUUUUCACAGUCCCUGUUUAUUGAUUCUUGUGGUCUCUGUUGGUGAAGACUUUCAGGUACAUCAAGAGUGCCUCGCUGUGGUUUUUGUUGACGUUGUGGUCACUGCAUGUUUAAUGAAAUGCUAUCUGUUACUGCAGAGGCAAAACCUGAUCAGAGUCAGUUACAGCAGACAGAGAUAAGCUGUGUUUUUCGAUGCUUCAGGACGACACACUAUCAAAUCUGCUAGAUCACUGUCAGUAUUAAUUAUUCAUGAUAAUUGAUGACCAAAAUAAUGAAGAAACACUCAUAUUGUAAUAUCUCAUAAUGAUCAGUUUGAGUGACAGAAAAGGAUCAGCAGAAAUUUGAAGCCAAUGUGUUUUUUUUAAUAACUGCAGUGUUAAAUUAAUAGUAAAAGAUCCAGUUGUUUUUUCUGCUGAUUAAAUUAUUGAGCCUGAUAUUAAUACAGUACAGACUAUACAUGAGUGGGAGUUUGGUAUGACAGGCUCUCUCCCCCACUGACAAAACUUAUACAUCCCAUGUGAUAAACAUGACAGCAAAGAUAACAGAAUAAGUCAUACCGAGAAGCUAUCCAAGAUUUGAAUUCUGGUUAUUGCACAGAAACCAAUUUAUGUUAAAAAAAAAUCUGAUUUUUGUAGAACUUAACACAUACAUCGUAAAUGAUUUUGUUGAUGCAGCUGAAGCCUGAGGAGAUUUUGUUGCACACUAACAUUGAUUCAGGUUGCUGCAGAGUAAAAUCAGAUGAUCUAAUCCCAGCGUGUCAUUACUCUGGCAUUGAUGUAGAGGUAAUAUAUCACUCCAACUCUCAUCACCCAGCCACACUUCUCCGCUGUAAUGAGUGUUUGCAGCCGUGCACUUUGUUGUUCUUGUGAAGUGACAAACAGGCCCAGAUGUGUUCGUUUAUUAGACUGACACACAACCAGCCACGCAGACUCGAUCAGACCGAUCUGUGCUUUAGUUGCUUUGGUGUUUUAACAAGCAGCGGUACCUGUUGCUGUACAGAAACCAGGUACCGCUGCUUGUUAAAGUCUGUUUAAAUCAGCUCCUGUGUGAUCUGAGGUCACAUCAAAUCCUGGCCUCGUGUUUUUCAUCUCAUGCGUCCCUUUUUCUCCCGCACUUUGGACUUUGACAUGCAAUUUCUAUUGAACGGAAGAAAAUGUAAAUAUACUUUUAAUUCCUCACACGAUUGUUUUCUCUCUGACGAAACUAAGCGGUUUGCUCAGUGUCUGAAUCAAGGGAAAAAGCUUGCCUGUUUUUUUUUCUAAGGGUAAUAAAUUGAAUCGUUAAAAGUAAGUGUUUGGAUUGUCCAUGAAAUAGACAGUGAACAUCUGCAAACCUACAAGACUUGUUUUUACCCUUCAGUUUCCAGAUUUCAGACAAGGGUAAACUAAUCAGCUCUUGGCUGCUGCCUUUUAUUCAGUGGAAUGGAUACAAGCCUGGAAUUGCUCUUCAUUUUUUUUCCUCAGCAAGAAGUUUAACAAGUGUCCUAAAUGCCAAACAACUUCUUGAACUAGAAAAGGCCCAUUUUGAUCAAAAAAAUCUCUCCAUUAGUGUGCCUGCCAGUAUAAGGAGCAGGAGAGACAGUUUGGCCGUGAACACGAGACAUGGCAAAAAAAGAAACUAACUGAAACGUGAUCGAGAAGCAUGGAUUACAUUUAAAAUACACUCAUAACAAAGCUCCUGACCUAGAAAGCAGCACCAACGACCCCUUACAACAACUAAAGAGCUUUCUAAAUCCAUCAAGAUAAAUAAGACUAAACUGAAAUACUCUAAAACAUCUGCACUCAGAGACCAGAGCACACAAUUUCCAAUUUUUGCAAUUCCAGAUCCACUUGCAGAAGAUUUCCGGGCAGAGGAAACAGCAUUACUGUAAACACUUAAAGCUCCUCUACAUAGCUCAGUACAGGCUGAUUUUUAAAAGGAGAUCCUGGGAAAAUGGAGCAUUUCUGUUCACACUCCCUUUCCCUACUCCCCCACCCUGUGAGUAUGUGUUAUAUUAAGAUUAACAGGACAUAAAAUAACUGUGGUGUGUAGAAAUAUGUUUUGAGUUUAUAAAAAAGCUGCUGUAGGGACAGGAGAACAUGGAAAGCUGUCACUUUCAGAGGCUUUGAGCAGAGAUGUGGUUUCAUUUAUUGAUCUUGGGGUUGCAGUGUUUAUCUUUUGUUAUUUUCUUUCCAUACAAUGGCUUAACUGUUUUCAGGCCUAAACUCAAAUAUUUCCUUGCAUUUUGUUUGGCACAGAGCGGGGCCUCCUGCUUUAGAAAGUUUGCUUGUCAUUGAUAGAUGAGAAGUGUUUCCUCUAGGGGACUCCUGACGCCCCCUCACUCAGCCCCUCCAGGGGGUCAAGGCCGAGACCUGGGUGUUACUCUGCAAAGCACCGACACACGGCCUCGGCCACGAGAUUAGCCCGAGAAUGUUAAUCACGGAGGACAAACACAUACGUGACCGUAUACACACAUAUUAACAUAUGUCGUGGAUUUGUGUGUGUUGCAUACAGUGAUUAGUGCUGGCAGGUGGAGUGUGUUGAUUUAUGGCCGCAGGGGCCGGCGGUCACUUGCUUUGUCUGUGCAGUGUUGCAGUAAUGCUUGAGGAAUGACCGGCCAGCCUUAACCUGUAUGUGUGAGUGAGGCGAUGUGACCAGCUGUGUGCAGGCACAGGCCUGCAGAGAAAAAACUGAGUCUGAGAGCACCAAGGAGGGCCAUGACGACAUCACCUGGGCUUUCCCUGUGGAAAUGCACAUGUGGUUGAAGGUUCCCGCUUAACUCAUAAUCUCUCCCUCCUCAAAACUCAUUAGUCCUGUCUGGGUCGCUCUGAGUGUUUGUGUUUCACGUCACAGUGUUAUGCAUGACCAGGACCUUGGCUUGUGUGUUUGUGUGUGUGUGGCAUGAGUUUGUGUGUGUGUGUGCGUGUGAAGAACAAAGCUUCAAGCCUUCAGGCAGUAACCUCCCCCUGUUCUCCUCGUAUAUAUUGUACAGAAACCUCCCCUCUCCUCCUCCCCCUCCCUGCUGGUUAAACACACCUAUAACUUUCUCAGCUUCUGUAGAAAAACACCCACUGUCUUUCUUUCAGCAGCUGGAUUCACUUUUCUUUCACCUGCUCUGUACUCAGAUCCAUCUUUCACUCUUUCACCCCGUCACUCAGCCACCACAUAGCUGCCAGUUUUUAUACCUUUCACUUCAGGCUUCUUUUACGUCUGCCUAUGGAUCAGCGGGCCUUUCAGCGGAUCUGGUUGAUAGAAAAAUCUUGGUUCUAUAGUACUUGGGUGUUCCAGUGAGUCAUCUUAUUGACAAAGAAUUUGUGCCAAUAAGCCUGACAUUUUAAUGGUUUGUCUUAUUGUUUCGAUGUCCUGAUGAAGACUCAGUUAACUAAGGUUUUUCUUCUGUGUCAGUGUCCUUGGAUUUUCACAUUUUCAAACUUUCUGAAACUUAAAGGCGUGGUUGACGAUUGGAGAAGCAGUUGAAAAAAACUGAGCCGUUGAGUCAGAUUUGAAAAAAGCAUCCCACCCCCCACCCACAAACCUCUCUCCUCUGUGCUCCAUGAUAACUCCCCCCUGAACCUGUAUCGCCCUCCCCACGACACGCCUCCUCUGGCAGAGCAAGAAGCUGGCCAGCAGAAGAUCCUACGCUGGCUUCAAAUAGGAUUCACAAUGUCGGAUUGCUAGUGACUACCGGCAGUAAACAGCAGCUCUGCUAGCGAACACCAUCUGUUGACAUUGCAGGGACUAAUAAGAGUUAUUUAUGUAACAUGUGUCACAAUAAAAAGCUAAAAUUACCUGUUCAAUAAAAACUCUGCUGUCUCAGCGUCUGUUUUCAGGCCCAAAUCCUGGCGGAGCUUUCUCCACCGCUCGAAGGAUGACCCGAUGUUCCUCACAUUUCCUCUUCGUCUCUGCCCUUUAUUUUUGUGUCCUUCUCCAUCACAGCUCCUGUAGCUAAGCCGCUAUGCUACUUUUGGCUGCUCAGAGCUCCGAGGAGGGCCGGGAGAGUGGGAGGGGACGAGUCAGAACUAUGGGAAAGGGGCGUGUCGAAUACAGCGAGGUGAUUGGAUGGAGAGGCGGGGCAGAAGAUUGACCAAUAGGAGCUGUCCGGGACGGAUGGCUCACAUUGGUCAAUAGUUUUGCAGCCCUGCACCAGCUAGGGUGAACAGAUUUUUUUCCAUUCUUUUUUCUCUUCACUUUGUGGCGAUCGCACUACAGGACCAUGAUCGACAUAUAAACGAGGUUAAUAAUAAUUACCAAUCUCUCCCAUCGUCAACUGUGCCUUUAAAACUACAGAGCAGCAAACACAAGUGGAUCACAUGUUCACUCUGACUCCCUCCUUCAACUCUCAUUUAUAGUUUCCUAUAAGCACUUUGUUCAGGAUCACUCUCUUCAGGUAAUCUGGCGAACUUGCUGACCUGCUUACUUCCUGUCUGACCACACGUGCCACUCGCCCCUUGUGAAGUGCAAUCAAGGUGUUUCCAGGUAUCGGUCAUUAUACGGCUUUAUGUUAUAGUCACUGAUUGAUUGCCAAGUGGAGUGUUAAUGAUUGCUAGAACUGCAAACACAAAGAGACGGUGAUUUUCCUCAGUCUGAACCAAAAAGAAAGUGAACAAAGAGGAGAGUAAAAACACGACUGUACGACUGCUUAUUGUGUAACCAAACUUCUGUCAUGAAGGAUCUGUGUCCACUAACACAGUUUAUGGUUUUCUGUGUUAUGACCUCACCAGCUGGCCUGACUUGGGGCUUAUACAAAACCUCAGUCACAAAAGGUCAAAACAAAACUGUUUAUUUUGGAGAUUUUAAAUGAGGACGAUAUAACAGAGGAGCUCUUGAUCUAAUUCUGGUCAGGGGCCUUGGUUAUACCUCAGACUCCUUUCUAAUAUCCUGUCUGUUUCCCUUCGUGACGAAACAGAUUUAUGAUUUAAAAACCUCUAUGUCAUGAUGAAUCCAUGAAAACAUCUAAUAACCUGUAUUUUCUUUGCUUACUUGCGUCAGAAGUGAAUUUGUUGAGUUUUCAGCUCAGACUCAUUUUUGCUCGCCCCCUCCUCACACCACCUCUCUCCCCCUCCCUCACCCCCACUUCUUCAACUAUUUGCCCCCCCACUCGCCUUUUCAAUACCUGUCACUCUCCCUUUCUCUUCCCCUCUGUCACCACUCCCACCCCUCUCCUCCCCUUCUGUUCAUGACCCCCUCUCGCAGGUUAUAGGGACCCACAGUAAACAAGGGAAAGAGAGAAGUAUACCACUCCUUAUAAAAAUAACACUCACAGCUCUUUUCCAAAACUGUGAAACAGCAGCACUCCCACGUCACCUCCCCUCCCCUUUUUUUCCUCCAUUCAGUCCAUUAGCCUCCCUCUGUUUUUACAUACCCUAAACUGUUUUUAGGAGAAGAAGCCCCUCACUCUUUUGUGGUCAUACAAUCACCAACACAUGAAAGCACACUCUUGACUUUUUCUGUCUCCUUUCUUUUCAUUUCAAAUUCCUUCCUCUGACUUUAUGAAAGCUUUUUCUUUUUUGUUUUGUCUAGUUACUUUGCCAAAGCGCCUCAUGACUAUCGCACCAUUUUGUGCGUGUAUUUAGGGUUGUUGUAAACUUGGUGUUUAUAGUCCCGCAGACACACACAGUAAGAUACACAAAAACUAUCUAGUUUAAACUGGGGCUCAACAUAUUUAUGUCCAGCAGAAAUAUUUACAACCAUUACCAACCACAUUUCACACAUGCAUCCGGGGCAGAUUUACAGUGUUACUUAAAAACAUCAGGUCACAUACAGGCGCCCACGUGCACACAAAAUCAGCGGAUGUUGCCCAAACACACUCUUGUAUAAGAGGCUUUAGCCGGCUUAUAAUGUAAACGCUCAUAAACGACACAAAAAUAAGUCUGUUUCAGCAGCGUGAAACUGUGAGGCGUAAAGUUUCAUAUGCUGGUUUCACACGUCUGUAAGGCAGAAACAGAAAAUGAUCCUUAUGAGAGCCUUGUGACAGGAUGGCCACAUGCACUCCUUCACUCACUCACACACACACACACACAUAUAAAGUGCAGUGAAAGUGUGAAAUUCAGUGCAAGCUAUUUCGGUUUAUCCAUGAGAGUCUUUUAGUUACACUUUGUCGCAAAAAAAAAUGGUUCACAUGGGAAAUGAAGAUCUCUGUGUGCAAAAGUGAGUGGGUAAAAUUGAGUUACUCCCGUUCUUUUGUCCUUGCAGAAGAGUGAAGAGGAUCUUUCCAGCUGUUUGUGGCAGCUGUGAGAGUGAGAGAUGUUCAGAAAGAAAGAAUAACAAAAGAGAAACGAAUCAAAGAAAGAGAGGAGUGAAAGACAAGAAGAUUGCAGAGCUGACUAGGAUAAGAGUGACGAGGAAAUCUGAGAGCUCUGUUUGCCCCAUCUGUCUGUCUGUCUGUGUGUGUAGAUAUACUUCAAAGAGUGGUACAGGAUAGUUGUGGUUUCCAGUGCUACCUGAUGAAGCUAAUUGAGUGUACUCUAGUAAAAGUACAGUUAGAAUAAAUACUAAAACACUGUAUCAAUAUCGCUUAUUAAAAUAAUUCCCUAAAAAACAAAGUAAAUCUGCAAAAGGUACUUUGAAGAGCCGUGUAACAUCUAUCCAUUGCGUUGGAACAGAUAGAUUGCUAACAGUAUGCUAGCAACUUGUUCUCUUGGCAUAGCACCCUUGGCUCUGUCCAAAGGUUAUGAAAUCUGCCUACUGAAAACUGUAACAAGUAGAUUAGUGAGCUUUAAAGACCUGGAAUGUGGAGUUUGUGACUCUUGGACGCAGCUUGGCUAUUUUUUUCUCGCCUGCUUUCAGUCUCUGUGAUAUGCUAAGCUGCCCGGCUGCUAGCAAUAAUUUCAUAGCUUUAUAGUUUGAUGCCAAAGCAGUGGAACUGUAAUCUCAUAGUUGUACGGCAGCGAGUCGAACGGCGUACAGAUAUGGUAGUGCCAGCAACAGAACUUAAUACAGAUGUAGUUCUGUUUAGCAAAUUGACUAUCUUAUCCAACCAUGAUAGCAAACUAGAUUUUUGUAGUUAGGGCUUCAAAUAAUAAAGAAUAACUGAGGAAAUCCUUCAGAAGGAACCCUCUGAGCAAUAGACGGCUAUUAGACAUAUAGUUUAUUUUAGACCUAAUUUCAACCGUCUAGAUUCUGUAUAUUUUUGGACAGAAUUUAGACAUUAUUCGAUAACUAUUUAUUUCAAAAAGCAACUGUGAGUUGCAUAACUGAUUUCCAAGUACUUAACCAAAAUAAUCAGACAGCUGUUAAGCAAUAUACAGUGUGGUUUAGAUAUAGCUCUGCUAACUUGCUAGUCUCAACUUGGUCUAAAUUUAGAUGUCUUAAAAACUUUCAUUUCUAGACCUGUAAUAGCCUGAUUUUAGACCAGUUGUCUAGGCUACAUCUAGUUGUCUAUUAGACCUCUUUUAGAUCAAAAAAUGCUCAGUUGGUACUUAAAGGGAUAUUCCAGUGUAAGAUUAAUGUAGGGUCAUGGAAAUGCAAUCAGACCGAGACGCCAAGGCACCAUACCAGUACCGUACUACUUCAAGGAAAUGAUAAAGUAAUGAUCAUAAAUGUUCUUCCUUGAGCUGCGUCACCCCGCUGUAGUCCGUAAUGGAUUGGCCUUAGGUCUCACAAUAAACAAGCGGCUGCUGGAAGAGAAUAGGUGAGUUGUGUUUUGUCUCUUUGCUCUUUGUCUCUUUGUGCUAUGGCUGGGACCCUAUAUGUACUGUUGAUGAAGUUAGGUGCUGUUCUGAGCAUUAUUUGUGGCUAUAGAGUGGCGUUUUGGUUGAGGUUUGUUUAUGGCUCCUCAGACCGCUGUGUAUCACUAUCUGCGGUCGUUACUAAAGUUGGUAAAACUAGAAAAGAAAACGAUCGGCAACAUUCAUCUCUCAAGGGGGUGUCUCGGUAUUACAGUGUGUUUGACCCUAAAUUAAUUUCACACCAGAAUAUCCCUUUAAUCUUUGGGUUUGAACAGAACUUUGUGGUUUAUUGUGCAAAAUCGCCAAACCUUUAACAUCUGAGGAUGUGAUUCCUUAUUGUAAAGGUAUCCAGCUGUAUCACAGACUGCACUAACCAGACAGACAGACUUUACAGUAGAGCCAUACAAUCACCGUGGCUUUAAGAUUAUAUAACUUUCCUCUGAAGCUCAGUGAAGUAUAAAAUAGCAUGAAAUGGGAAUACUACCUGGAGAUUAUACUACAGUGCAGCACUUGAGUAAGUCAUAUUUCCCUUUGUGUGUGUGUGUAUUUGUGUUUAUAUGUCCCACAGGGCAUGGGCAAAGCUCAGAGAGUUAUAGUCAGUACAGUAGAAUAAACCAGGAGCUGUGUGUCUGCCUGAUGCUGCAGCUGUUGUUUAAGUGCAGGUAUGCUUAAACUCUUUCCACUGAACAGCUCCUCAAGGACUCUGCUCCAAGAAGCACAGGCUGGACAUGUGCACAUAGACGCAUGCAUACAUACGCAUGCACGUGCUCGCACGGAUGCGCGCGCACACACAGUCACAAACAUUCUGCGGUCAUGCACUAAAAGCCACGGUGGAUUUACGAGAGGAGUCCUUUCCAAAAAUCUAUUAUUUCCAUAUGGUUCUAAUACACACUCGGACUGCCAAGAGCAGCACAGAGACUAAAUGAAUAGAUGUGUGUUAGAGUGUGUAUAUCGGGCAUGAUUGCGUGUUUGCACUUACUCCAGGAUCUCAAGUUAAUUUUCUCGUCUUUAUUAGCUGUUUUUCCUCAAUUUUUCUUCACAGCAUCCAACUCCACCCUCAUUUCUCCUGGGACUUGGAGAAAAAUAUCCAUCUGUGCUUAACAGCAGCUGAUUUCGUAUUGGAUCAAUGUGUGGCACCUCACUCUCACUUUCUAUCUCUCACUCUCACUCUCUGCGUUUCUGUCCUGCAGGUGUGUGGAGGAGGUGCGUUGGACUCCAGAGCUGAGCAGUGUGCAGCGUUUAACACCCAGGAGUUCAUGGGUCGCCUCUACAACUGGGAACCUUUCACUGAGGGUGAGGACUGAGUAAACACACACAUUUUGCUGCACAGAGCUUCAAUGUGAUAAUAGGCUUAUAGUUUAAGAAUUAAAUGUUGAAAGAGGGAGGAAGCAGGAGGGGGGAACCAUCUGUAAAAUGUGUGUUUAAGUGAGUGAAAUGUUGCUACGGUAUUAGUGUGUUGGCAGGCCUCCACCGCCUGCCCAACCCUCCGCAACCCCUCCUCUCGGAGAGGUGGUGCGUGUGGUGUCAAGGGUGUUGAGAGUCGAGGGGAAAAGAGAAUGACUGGAACUCAAUCUGCUUUUUAUUCUUUGCUCUAAAUGCUCUCCUUCCUCUCUUUUUCCUCCCAUUUGUCCAAUGUCUCCCGUCCUCUCCUGCCAAAUUUUCUCCUCCCUGCUCUGACUAAGCACUCAGAUUCCUACUGAGUGAGACAAAGAGGGAGCGAGUGAGAGAGAGAGAAAGAGAGAGAGAGAGUCUGAAAAAAAGGGAGGUGAGAGGUGAUGAGAUGCGAGUGUUUUUGUCACAUGACGGCUGGGAGCAAAGGGAGAAAACGUGGCUGUGUCUGUGUGCGUAUCUGACUUUCUUUCUGAGUGCGUCCUUGUGUGGUUGAGUGUGUUUGUUUACUUUCUUGUUAAGAGUACAAUGGUCCAACUGCAUGGCGGAGAUUGUGUCUAUUUAUCUUUGUUUUCCAAUGCUGGGGGGGAAGUAGGGGACAGAGAGGAAAAACAGAUAUUUGAAGAAUUUGGAAGAAAAGGGGGACAGUAAAUAGAGAAAAUAUUGAAAACGUGGGGACUUAGGGAGUAAGAGAAGGAGGAGGGGAAGAGAAAGAAGCACAGCUGUUCGCUGAUAUCAACAGUACUUGGCAUAAGAGUCGUAUAUACGGUGAAGAUGCCUCUGUGUGUUUACAGUAUGGGCUCGCUGGUAUGUGUGCUUCUGCGGUAGAAGAACAGCUCAGUGGAUCUGAGAUAACAUGUGGAAAAAUGUUUGUGGAUGUAAGUCUGUGUAUGUGUCUGCCUGUGCACUGUAUCUGCUGGCAGAUGUUCCUAAACAUAGAGCCAAAACACUAGAACAGCAACACAAAUCAACGACGUUAAUUCAGUCUUACUCCGUGUACAACAACACAAGCAUAACAAGAACACUUGUUCAAGCAUACUACUAAAACCAGACUAAAACUUUUGCUGAGACUGUAACAUAAAUAAGGUUUCAUGACAUUUUGAGAAUAUUUUGGUAUGACCAGGUUACAGGCCUGUUUUGGAAAGUAAAAAAAGAUUUUUGGCGAUACUUUCUGCUUUUUCAAACAACAAAAUGUCAGUAAAUUUGCAAAGAUGUCAGGUGUUUAAAACUUGCACACGUUGACUCUUCUGUGAACACCAUCUCCUCAUAAAUAAAAACAGAUAUAUUUUCACUGGCAGCAGAGUUUGUUUAAAAAUGAGAAAAACAAGACAGAUGAUUUUACGUGUCUUUGCCAGACCACUAAACCACAUCUUUUAUCACUUUUCUGAUUAAGUGGCCUUGAUGAAAAUUUUAUGUUCCGUGUUAAAUUGGACUUUAAAGUUGCUCCAAUUAAGAAAUACCCCAAAGGUAAUGUUGUAACCUAAAGGAGUAAAGUGCUUAUAACCCACCGAAAAAUAUCCCUCAACACCCCCACAGCUUUUUCCUACGGAUCAUUUUAGCGUCUUUUAGUCGGUUGUUUGAGUUUCACUUUCACCAACCUCACAGUCUUGGUUCCAGAUGCAGCUGGCAGAUGUUUUGAGUUAAAAAGCUCUGACAGAAAAAAAGCAUUACGCUCUACCUGCUCAGCACUGAAAUAACAAACAGACAAAUACUUGAUUAGACAGAAAGUGGGACAUCCAAGCCGCUAAAGUGGAAAAGGUUUCCUGUUGUCUGAGAAAAAGGAGAAAAACAUACAAGACAAGUGAAAAUUGGACCCAGUUUCUUUGUGGUAUUCAAGAAAUUAACUCCAAAUACAUUUGCAGAUACUUUGUGACUUCUAAAAACCCAAACUUCUUAGGUUUCAUACUUAAUGUGUUUCUGUUGAGACCCUUAAAUGAUACUUUAAAGCUGUCAAAACCAAAACACAUAAAGCAGCUUUUAAUGUAUUUCUGUUUUAUGUGCUCAAACACAACAUGAACUGAGCUCCAUGAAUAAGCAAGAGUGACCCUUUGCUUCUUUUAUUCUGUGUCAUGCAUGCGUUUGAAAUUACCAUAAAGCCCUUUAGGGCGUUUCGUUGGUGCAGCAGUCCUAGAUUUGAUUUAUCCACCCAGAUCCCGGCCUUUCUUUGCAGGCCUUGCAUGUUUCCCUGAUUCCUGAAUGGAUUUCCUUCUGCAAAUCCAAAGACAUGCUGGUUGGAGUGGACCAUAUGGACAAAAUUAUGGUGCCAUUUUGUUUUGCAACCAAAAACUUUGUGAUAUAACAUUUUUAUUCAUCUGGAAACUUUGAAUCUGCAGGAGAAAAAAACUGAUAAGAAAGUUGCCACUAUGCAAACCCUGUCCCCUCAGUUGUGUCUGUGGUUGUGUUUGCCCUGUUGCCCCAGUUUGUGCUCAAUAUCCUCCUGUGUCCCCAGAGGAUCUGCGGUUAUAGAUAAUUGGUAGAUUGCAAAUUGCAUUUACAUUUCUAAUAUGAAAGGUCAGAGGCAGGUGUUUUCUUGUUAGAGAACUUCUGUUGAUUUUGCUGACGUGUUGCGUCUUGUCAGAGCAGCCGAUCAAUUACGUAGAUGCAGUCAGAUCUAGACUCCAUAUGCCGUACAUGUGCCUCAGAAGUCAUCACGGGGGUAUCAGCUGGAGUCUUGCUGUCUGCACAAACACAGGGGCUUUCCUUUCACCGACCACCCCCUGUUUUGUGUGUUUCAGGGAAAAGAUAGAGAUUACUGUAUUUAUCUGCUCUUAAAUUCUUCAUACCUGCUCUGCCUCCUUGCCCUUUUGCUGAGAGGGGAAGAAAAACAGACAGUUUCUGAUGGGGAGGGGACCGGGGAAUGUGAAACCAUGAAUAUGUUGUUCGAAGCCACAUUCUAGUCGAGUUAAUGUGAGAAUAAUUUGGAUGAAAGAAGCCACCAAAUGGCUGAUGUUGGAUUUAUAGGUUGACAGUAAUACGAGAAGAUAUAAGGCUGUAUUUGUCUGAAGGUUUUUCAGAUGACGUCAGCCGGGUCACACACACUCCAUCAGUGCUGGAGAUGAUCCUUUCCACUCUGCUAAGUAAACUGUAUCACACUGUUUACUCCAGCCCGCUCCCAUUGGCUGCAGCCCAAUCCUUCAUAUCUAGUUUCCCAUCAGCACACUGCAGGCUGCAGGAGUGUGCGUGUGCGUGCGUGAUGUAUUAGUCAUUUAUCUCCAGCUGCACUCAUCUGUUUAGGACUUCAUGUGGCACUGCAUACAUUUCCACUUUGUAUUUAUGUUUGACCCCGCAGUUAGCUUUUGCUACUUAGCAUGUGAUUUUUCUGCCCCAAAGGUGACAGCUGGGCUAUGUAUGUACUACAGAGUGUUGUGGCCUAUGGUUUGAAACUGGAUGCUUACACUGUAAAGCUGCCACUACAGCUGUAAACCACAGAAGUUAUAGUCCUGAUUCAUUUCAGCGGUUUCCCCCCCCCGUCCACAAGCUGAGCUCUCAAUAGCACUUCCUCUUAGUUUUGUUAACGCUGCACGUGCAGGUGUUGUUUUACUUGAAUAUUCCCUUUUUUCAGGCUUCAUCCCCUCUCUGCGCACUCAUCCUCUCCUCUUCCUGUCCCACUGCCUCUCUCUUUCUCUCUCCCUGUUGGAGUUUGUUUAGACGGAGAGAUAGUGGGGAAGUAUAUUUAGACGACAUAUAUUCCACUGUCUGAACACUAAGCUCAGAGAGAGAGAUAAAGGGAGGGAGACAGUGGAAGAGAAAGAGAGGCGGAAAAAAAAGAGAGACAGAGAAGUAGUGAGAGACAAAUAAAAGAUAAAGCCAGGAAAGGAGGGAAAGAAUUCAAGGUGACUGGGAGAUGGAAGAGAGGGAAGAGGAGUGGCGAAGGAGACGAGGAAGGUGAACGCAGAGAGGGAGAGGCAGGGAGUGCAUGAGUGGCAACACGUCUCCCACUUUUAGCUCUCCCUCUCUUUUCGGUCACUGUCUCCAGUCUCUAAUCUCUUGGAGAUAACCAUGACAGGCUGAUGGAGAGAACAUGAGUGGAGAGAGAGAGCAGCAGGAAACUCUGCCUCCCUUUCUGUUUCUUUCUAAAUAUGUACUUUAUAUCUGCUUCCAUGUCAUUAUCAGACGGUAGACAAUUAAUCUGCUCUCCUAAAGUAGCACAAGCUCUUACGUUGUUUUUGGAUUCACAAUAAGUCUUUGGAUAUCCGUUUUUAAAGUGGAAAGUGUUUCUCGAACUCACUACAACAGUACUGUAUGAAAAAUAAUUAUCUUAUGGCUAUAAUUAAUCAUAUAAAUGGAUCCAUAUAUCUGUAUAAAGUUCGCCAGAGGAACUGAGAGCUAGUCUGGUGAAAUAUGAUCAGAGUAAAGCAUAUUGAGAGAAGAAACCAAGGCCAGAGUCAUCUUCACAUAUAACCAAAACUUACAUGUUGUUUUUUGUAAAUGUUAAGUGACCCUUCUUUACUCACAUUGGCACCACAUAUGCUGAUGAUACCUUGUUGUAUGUUAGUGAUCUUACAUACUGAAUGCUUUCUUUCACAAGUUGGUUCAAACAUUGAAGAAAUUACUGAUUUUUAACAACAGGAAAAUAAACUAAUAAGUCUGCCUUAGUGCACACAAAAGAGCCGUGUACCUGACUUUGACAUCUGCUGAAGCACCAGCACAACAUAUUUGAAGCAUUUAUAAGCCAAGUCAUCCAGCCGGUGAUGCAGUGACUAAAUUCGCCUGCAAAGUUUUGGAAAGAUAAACAUCCAGCCGGGGUCAACUGUUUGGUGUGGAAAGCUUGCUGACCCACUUCUAAGCCACUACUACACACCUUAAUGUCCCUAACAUUCAGAAUUUGGCAAACAAAGCCAUGAAUCAGGAUCGAUGACUCACAGAUUAUAAACACACACAUGGAGUGAAGGUCGGAGUUUUUAUUUUUAGGGAGUUUAACCGCAGAGAGUCCACCACAUUUAUUAUUCAAGUGGCAACAAUAACGUCAUGACUUGGUUUUCCCUCUUUAAUCUUACAACCCCUACAUCUGGCCCUUCUCUUUAGGCUGGAUGAGACUUGUGCACUUCUUACUUACACACUUAAUAGAAAAGUUGUUUUAAUUCAGCUCUGAGAUUCAAUGUGCUUUAUUUGGAUUUAUGAUUUUGUGCUCUCUAUAGGACCCUCAAGCUCAAACCAAGGAUCUGAUGACCUUUCAUCCAUGUCCUCUCCUUUAUCUCCUGUGAACCUCUUGCCUCUGAAAACAAUAAGCUUUUGGCUAUUUGCUGAAAGGACAUUUUCCCAUGGCUUAAACAGUCUUUAAUAUUAUCAUAUGAAAAUGUAGUGACAGUAUAAUAUCAGAAUCAUUCCACGGUUUAAUUAGAUUUUCCUAAAGGAGGAACUGUUUCAAAGAAACGCCUAGUUCUCAAACCGCUCCAGGGACAGUACAAUAAAACUGUACAAUAUUUUCUUCUGACCACUUUUUGGCAAGGUGUUCGAGUUAUUCUGUGAAUGUAAAUGAAGUAUCAGGUACAUUUCUGUCUGAAUUUGGCAGAGAAAUAGGAAACCACAGUAUAAGAAGUCAUAUAUCCUGAAGGUCAGAAUUUGUCCUUUUAACCCCUGAACCACCACAGACACACAUACCUCUCCUCUAUAGGUAACUAAACCUAUAAGGCAUUAUUACCCAUACCAGGAUCUCAGGUUUGAACUCUGUUUGACACACGCACAACAGCUUUGCCCGAGCCCUUUAACCCUGUUGCACAACCUCAGUCUAUAACCUUAAAGAAAACAUGUAGCUGCUCAGUGCUCCUCUUUGUUCUCCAACAUUGUCUGUCAUGUAAUAGGAUAAGUUUAAUAUUUUUUCUUCUAUUUGAGACAGUGAUCCCUCCUCCUGUGUUAGGGUCUGCACCAACCCGUUUUUGAUUUUAAAUGCUUAAAAGAAACACAUAAAUUAGCUUUUUCGCAUCAAGACUUUUUGACUUUGUCAGGAACCUCUAUUUCAACAAAAAAAAAAAAAAAUGAAAUUGACUAAAUUAUAAAAUGCUCUCAUUAAUAUUAUGGCACUUGUCGUGUUAGGGUCGCUGUUGACCUUGUUAGAUCAAUAUCUAAUAAUUUGAGCAAAAAUCAUAAGUGUACUGUCAAGCACCACACUGACAGUCAGAUCCUCUUCCAAUCAUGUGAGAUUUAGGAAAGUCUUAUUUUGCCUGUUUUUUCCCUGCACAAAAAACAACGUUGGGCAUGUCCAGACAUGUGAGAUCAAUUCAGUAUAGAUGUCUGUGUGAGGGGUAUUCUGACAAAGAAAGGCCCGGCAGCACACAACAAAAACUAUUAUAAGCAAUAUUUUCAUGGAUAAUGAAGCCAAACAAGGUAACCUAGAGAUGAGAACCAAAGUGGAUGACAGAGAAUUGUUUUUAGUGUAAUUUACAGCUGAUUUAAGACACAGGUUGAGAGAGUUAUUUUCAACUGUCUGUAUCACAGUUAUCAAAAUAUAUAUACAUAAUGGCAAAUAAAAGUCAUACGAUUCAUUUAAACUGUACAUACUUCACCACAGUUCAUUCAGAAGAUCAUACUUCAAAUAAAGUAGUCGGGAAGUGACAGUAAUAAAGAUUACCAACUAACCAAAGACUGGAGAGCUCAGUUCUCUGCUCCCACCUUCUUAGGUAGGUUACCAACCUCUGCUGGGUGGUGACUGUACAAUCAGUCUGUAAGGUCUAAAAUUACUUCACUCAGUGGGCUCACAGGAUGGAUUAAAAAAAACACGGAUGGCACAACAGCUACCCCAUGUAAAGCUGAAAAGUUUAGAGCUCCCUCUGGUGACGUCUCCAUAGUAACAGAUGGGACAUGGGAGAUUACAUGAUUUCAGUUUAGAACAAAGAAACUGAUUAUUUGAGGUUUUAGUAAGAAGAGGUUACAUGAUGCAGCUAAAGCAUACACCCAGACUGAUAUGCUGUCAUACCGAUAAAGGAGAUGAGGAUGUAUUUUACUUCUAAGACAAACCCUUUUUGUAUCUCCCUUUGUGUUCUCAACAGGCCUGUUUGUCGGCCUAUUCUCUUGGUAUCAAAGCACGCCGAUUCCUGUCUUUCCCUUGAAGCUAUCUCGUCUUUCUCUGAGCUUUCUUUCUCUUCUUUCUGUCCAGCUACAUGCCUCCCUGUUGUGGGUGUCUGUUUGGUUCCUCUCAUAAAUCAAACCCUCCUCAGGCUCAUGUUUUCACUGCUCUUCUGCUCUUCUGGGGAAGUUUCUCCAGGGAAUGUGCAACAGAGAGUGCACUUUAAGCAGGGGGGAAAUAAUGAAUUACUUUAGUGCUUCUUGACAGUCAGGGGUUAGAUGGUCUUACCUCGGUUUCCUGACCACAUGGAAAGAUGUUCAUCACCCAGCUGUGUCUUCUCAACACCAGGCAGAAAUAAAAGAACAGGAGAUCUAUUUCACUUAUGCAACUUACAAGCUGUGCUAUAAUCCACCUAAUGUGUGUACGUGUUUAUGCGUGUGUGUGUGUUUGUGUUGCAGUUGGUGCGGACAAGCAGUGUGAGCUGACCUGCAGACCAGCUGGCUACCGUUUUUAUGUCCGUCAGGCUGAGCGGGUCAGAGAUGGGACCCUGUGCUUCAACGUGAGCACAAAUGACGUCUGUGUCGAAGGACGGUGUCUGGUGAGUGUGUUUAGAUGUGAGUUUGUGUGUGUGAUAAAAUUUCACGUUCACAUCAGCGAACUGAGCCCAAGACUCUGCUGUGCAGCCAAGGUUGAGAAAAACCAGAACCUGGCUCUCCAAGUCUCUCGUCUGGAGGCUGAUUUAAGCAUGGCAUUCAAACUCAGGUUGUCUCCAGUCUUCUUUACUAGCUAGCCCCUGACCUUUUUCUCUGUGCUCCCCCUCUCUUUCUUUCAUUUGGCCUUUUUGAUUCACUUUCUAAUUUUGCCCUUUUUAAAUCACCUCUUUCUAGUAGGAAUCUUGCCAGAAACAGUCCCCAAUUCACACAAACACCGGUGAAAUAAACACUGCCAAUGGACACGAAAUGUCAACAAGUUUCAAGCAGCUUUUUCCUGCCUCUCCUGCUUCUCUCUACUCCUUUCAUUGUCCGUCCCAUCAUUCAUGUCAUUCCACCUUCUCUUGCCAGACGGAGGGCUGCGACGGUGUCCUUGGCUCCGGCUCUGUGAUUGACAAGUGUGGAGUGUGCGGAGGGCAAGAAACCUCCUGCCGAAAGGUGACUGGAAGCUUCCAAAAUGUCACCGUUCCCCUCGGUUACCACAAGAUCCUGGACAUCCCUCCUGGAGCGACAUUUAUCAAUAUUACAGAGAGACGAGCCAGUCCAAAUUACCUGGGUAAGACCUUGUUUAAGACGAAAAACUGUUCUCACACACAAGCAUUUGCAGAUUUAUUGGCGUGCUGGUUACAGUGUGAGUCGCAGAGGAAAAUGCAGAUGUUGCUGGCUUGGACUAAGGAGACUGCGGGUGUUGUGGCAAACUCAAAGCAGAUAAAUUCAGAGUUUUAACAGCUUAUAAGGAACCGUUGAAGUGUGUGCAUGUGUGCUUGUGAAUGUUUGUCAUCUCCCUGUGUAGUAAGGAGACAGCACUCCGAAGUCUGUGUUUGUCUUUCUGGAAGUGUAUUUGAGCUCAUGGGGUUAUCCUCAGAACUCACUGCUUUGUAGACUAAACAUGGUCAAAACAAGAGAAAGACAAAACUUGACCCAAAUCUUCUCCAUCUAACCCCCCACCACUCUCUUUCUUCAGCCAUGAGAAGCGGCACUGGGGUGUCGGUGGUGAACGGGCGUUGGGCUGUGGAUCCACCAGGGGAAUACCAGGCUGGAGGGACCUCCUUCACCUACGCCCGACCUCGAGCACAGGUCGAGGGGGAGGAGGAGAAAGGAGAGUCCCUGAGGGCUCGAGGACCCACCACUGCCCAGCUGCAGCUAUAUGUGAGCACAGGAGCACAGGAAGGCUUUUAAUUUAACCCUAUAAGCAAACAUGCACCGUGGAAUGGCGAAAUUAAGUUACCGAUAAGAAUCACAUUCAUACUCAUAGACACAUAUGUGAACAUACAUCUCCAUAACAUUUUUCUAAGCCUAAGGCUACACAUGCCUGCUCUGUGUCAAGAUCCGCAAGAUAGACUGCAUUAAAUUGGUAUUACUGCAGGAUAAAGACAGCUAUACUAGAGCUUAACCUGAGCCACAUCAUCGUAUCCAGAGCUCAAUAAUAACAACUCUAACCUCAGGCUAAGAUCUUAUUAAAGAACGGGAGUCAUCUACAGCUUUGCAUCCAGCAGCUUUGGAGCAGGAGGGGGUAAAAACAGCCAGGAUCAGCCAGAGCCGGAGUUUGAACUCCUCUUGAAUCGCUGGAAUUUUUAAGACUCCGUGAGGUUUUGAAAUAAGACACAAAAAGACUAAAAGUCAGUUACCACCCAAGUGGUUCUGCAAGGAUGAAAUUCUUAUUACAUGCUCUAAAUAAACUCUUGAUAAUUGAAAAACAGAAAAACAAAUCUGCUCUCAGUGGUCUGGGACAAGAUUUACAGGUCUGUAUCUGGUGUAUGUCGCUGUAGAGGAAAGUCAAUAUAGAGUGUUUGUUGAAGUGUUUAUAGCAAACAUUCGCUCACACUAUGAGUUUUUUUUUAUCUUUAAAUAUAACUCAGAGCCACUGAGCAUGAUGCCAUCAGAUGUAAAUAAAGAUCAAAGUGUCUAUCAUUAUGCAAUAAUUAAGUCAGGAUGAUAGUUAUCAUUAGAUCCUGUCCAACAGUGUCAACAUGUCCUCAGUUUGAGUUAUUAAUGUAGUGCCUUGUGUGCAGAUGUACAGGUUUGUUAAUUUGAAGAGUCCCUGAUUGUGUCUGCAGUGUAUAGAAUAUCAAUACAUGCACAUAACUCAUGCAGGGACCUGUAUUUACUCUCUGCACUUGUAGGGGAAUGAGGGAGAGGAAUUGAAUAUGCCAGCUUCAGCCCAGUGUAUUUUAGUCUAAAGGCUAAAAUCUGCCAUGCAAAUAUCAACAUGCCAGCCUGCAUGUGCACCUGGCUCUUAAAGGGAAUGUGAGCAGGCAUCCUGACUGCUUGUGCUUUACUUAGCACUGAGAUUGUGCACCAUUUAACCAGCAAAUGUGGUGGAUCAUGUCCUAGUUCACGCUGCACUAUGCGCCUUUAGACCGUGCAUUUUAGAUCAGUUACACAGCGCCAUGAAUCAUUGCCGGAUCAAAAAGAAAAGAGCAUUUUUGGCUGUUGAUCAAACUAUAUUUACAUCAUUUGAAAAAAAGUCAGUGUGGAUAAAAGUUUUGCUGUCGUGCAACUGUAGUUUAUGAAGUUUUGCGGGCAUUGACUGUAUAAGAUCCCGUAGGAGGGGUCAGUAUUAAGAGGAGGGACACAUAAUGACACACAGGCAUCCUCAAGCAGUCUUUGUCAGUGUAGCUCUGUAGCUCACCUCGCCCUUUGACCCCCUGUGAGGGAGGAAAAAAGCUGUUUUAAGGGUGUUUUCCAUCUCUGACUCUUCUUUAGCUUUGUUUCUCUCUCUCUUCUUUCCCUCUCCUCAGAUCAUUUUCCAUAAGGAGAACCCAGGAAUUGACUAUGAGUUUUAUGUCCCUGUGGAGAAGAAGGACGGAGAGAGGGAGCCACCCAGAGAAGCACCCAGAGAGGCACCCAGAGACAGGCCGAGGGAGCGAGAGCCAGGAAGGGCACCCCUUCGCAGUACGAAAAUCCCUUAAUCUUUUUAAUUUUCUUUGUUUUUACGGUCAGCUGUGUUCUGUGCUUGUUCUUUAAGGUAACACAGAGACACCAGGUCGUAUAUGUACAUCUGAAAUGAAUCUUAAAUAGAGCGGAAGAUCUUGAGAUUCAUUCUUUCCAAAUUAGUCAGGGAAACACCACUCCAGCCCACAUCCUUGGAGAAUGAUUGACGUGUUUAUGGAUCAGGACGGGUGUGGUUGUGGGCCAAGUAGGAGGGAUUAUUGUGUUUGUGUGUUUGUGUUUGACCUAGAUGGGAGGCUAUCUGGUCCACAUGUUCGCUGUCAUGAGACCCUGACCUCAUCAUGACAUCAUUAGCCUCUGACUCACUGCCUUCCUCCUAUUUUAGAUAUUUCAACAUUCAGCUCUUCCCUCUCUCUUUAUCGCCUUUUCCUCUCCCUCCUCCUGUCUGUUUCCCAGUCUCUCCCCCUUUACCUCCAGUGUUUCCCAUUUGUCUUUAUGUCCACCUUUGUUUUUUCUACCAUCACAGGUCCUCACUCCGUGUCAGUAGAAGACUCCCCUCCUGUUCCUCCUGUUUCACGCCCUUCUUUCCCCUCUCACUCGUCUGAUCGUUGGGCGCUUGAGAGAUCCCGUCCACGGGGCUCUGCACCCAACAGGAAUGCCCGGAUCCCCCCUCGCACUGACCUGCCACCUGACACUCAUCCUCCAUUUGUGUGGAGGAGAGGUGGACUCACAGAGUGUUCAGCUUCCUGUGGCAAAGGUCAGAACCAGAUAAACCUUUUAGAUCUUCAUAUUUAUGUCAUGCUUUGAUAAACUCCCCUAAACACAAAAUUCAACCUACAUACAUUGAGUGCUGUGACGUUGCCCUCCUCUGGCUGCAGGAUGCAACUACAUGAGUAUGAGAAAAAGGGGUUUUGAGCACAUAUUCUUCUCUCUCUUUUUUUUCUGAAGGUUUCCAGCACAGAGUCAUUCUAUGUAUAGAUCGCCACAAUGACGAGGAAGUCCCUGAGAGAAAAUGUGACUCCGCCGCCAAACCUGUCCCUGAGGAGGAACCGUGUAACACACACCCCUGCCCACCAUUGUGAGGAGAUACACAGUCAUAUAUCACACAGACAAUUUAAAGAUUUAUAUUCGGUUAAAAAACUUGAGUCCUCCAGGGAUGCUUCCUGCAUUUUUCACAGCUUGUAAGUCACUGCAUAAAGACUGCACUACACUUACCCCCUUUUGCCUCUUUUAAUCAAUAAAGAAAACUAUGACAGUUUAUGAAUGUCCAGAACAGAAAAAAAAGUCACAGAUUUUUCUGGAGCAGCAUAUCUAGUAAAAUGUGCCUUCAUUCUGUCUCUCCUCGGUUCACUGUCUCUCUCAGCUGGGAGGCGAGUUCAUGGUCAGAGUGCAGCGUGUCCUGUGGCCCCGGGGUGCAGCAGCGGCAGCUCCAGUGCAGGCAGAGCUUCGGAAAUCGCUCCACCAUGGUCCACCCGCAACGUUGUGCCAACCUCACCCCACCAGAGUCCACACAGGCGUGUCAGCUCACCCUCUGCUCCCACUGGGAGGUCAGCUCUGACUGGAGCUCGGUAGGUCAAAAUCACCAGGACAAUGAGUGCUACAUGCACCACCUGAUGGGCGAAAGUAGGCCAAAUGAUGCAUUACAUGAUGUGUCAGUGAAAAAGAGGAUUCAUGGGUGGAGUGGUCUUUUAAUAAAUACCAAGGCUUUGGGAAUGGAGUGUCUUUAUAUUGGGUGUGUUGCAUGUUUAAAAACCAUGUUCCUGUUGAUUGAGUCACAUGUUAUGGAUGAUCUUAAAAUCCCAAGACAUCACAGAUAAAACUAACAGGCGCCUGUAGCUUUAAAUGACAAAUUGAAACCACUAAUUUUGUUCCUCUAGCAAAGAUUUGAUGUUUGUUUCACAGACUUUCCCCCUCAGUUUUCUUAGAUACUAGUUAAAUAGAUUGUUUUUAUUCAUAUUUGACAACUGUGAGAAGAAUAAUGGAGAAGUACUGACUUAUAUCUGAUACCUGAUCAGUCUCUGUUAUUAACUGUAACUGAUCAGCUUCCGUUUAUUUAAGCUAAAGUGAGUGUUAACUGUAUAUGUCUUGAUAUCAUGUUUUUUUAAAGCGCUCCUAAUCAUUCUCAUGUUUCUCUCCUCUGUUUUUCACAGUGCUCAGUGGACUGCGGAGUUGGUAGAAGGACAAGGAGUGUGCGCUGCGUCAGCGAUCAAGGGGCCGUUGUAAACGACAAGGAGUGCAACUCCAGAGCUCGGCCACAGGGGAGCGAGGAGUGCAACAUGGGCCCGUGUGUAACAAACUGGUACUUUACUGGCUGGUCUAGUACUGUGAGUAACACACAAGCACAAGAACCAAAAGAACAAAAAACAUUAACAGCAGCACUUAAGUGUAAUCCUCAACAUGAUCUUCCACUUUGUCCCUCAGUGUUCAGCACAGUGUGGCCCCGGGGUGCAGAAGAGGGAGGUGGUGUGUCUGACUCGAGGUGGAGUGAGAGAGGGUGAGGGAGGAGGGGACUGUGUUGGGGAGAAACCAGCAGAGAUGAAGGCCUGCAAUGGUGGUCCCUGCGUGUCCACAACCAUGUGGUACAGCAGCCCCUGGACACAGGUGGGAUAAUGGAAGGAGAGAAAAAGGAAAAUAUGAAGAUUAAUGAGGAAAAAUUGAAGGACCUGUGUUUCUAUUCCAUUUUUUUGUGUGUAGUUAGUUUUUAUGUGAAAGAUGUUUGUUUGUCAUUUUCUUGUUUGUUUUUUGACCUUACUUUUUUGAUUUAUUAAGUUAGAGACGUUCUCAGUAACGUGUUGUCUCUUGAAUUUGAAUUAUUGCACUCUAAAUCUAAGAAAAAAAGGUCACCACGAUUCAUUUUAUAGGUUUAUUGGUUUGUCACUUGGAUUUCAGAAAUAAAUUUAUCAUGGUAGUUUUUCUGAAAACACAUGAUUCAAAAUUUUUGUUGGUCUUUCAGUGUAACGUCCGCUGUGGGAACGGAACUCAGCGACGAGACAUCAUCUGUGUCCGGAAAACGGGGAAUGAUUUGACUGUCGUACCGGCCAGUGAGUGUGCUCAUCUGGACAAACCUGCUGCGGUGCAACAGUGUGAGAUGGGCGAGUGUCAGUCGCAGUGGUUCACAACAGAGUGGAGCGCAGUAAGACAUGCAAAGACACGGUAACCAUGAGUGGAAAUGAACUUUUAUUUCAAACCAGAUUGUUAACGCUCCCUUUGCCUUUAUUUUCAGUGCUCACGUUCAUGUGGGAAAGGCUUACAAAUGAGGGAGGUACGGUGUCUGACGCAGGACAAAAAGCACAGUCAUGAAUGUGAUCCCAGCACAAAACCUGACCAGGAGCAAACAUGCAACACGAUACCCUGUAGUCCACAGGUUGCAGGUGAGUGUGAGACCAUAGAGUUGUAUUUUAAUUCAGAUGUUUGUUUUUCUCUGUAUCAAAUUUUCCUCCUUCUCUUUCCUGCUCAUAGAUGAGAACUGCAGAGACAGACGUCAUAACUGUGUGACGGUGGUUCAGGCCAGGCUGUGUGUCUACUCCUACUACAAAACCGCCUGUUGUGCUUCCUGUACCCAGAGUGCUCAGCGCACCAAGAGGCACUGA